UCCGUCGAGUCCCGGAAUCCGCGCCUCUGCCUUUCCGGUCAUUGGGGCCCGGAGCCCAGAGGCGGCCCAGCACGGACACCCGUGUGGCCGGGCUUAAACUCCGUCAGACUGGAGGCGCCACUUCCGCUGACGUCGGCGGCGGCGACACGUGGAUCCAAGAUGGCGGUGGCGAUGGGCUGGUUGCUGCCGCAGGUGCUUGGACUUCUCUCUCUUGUUUGUGGAACAAGUUCCUUUUAUGUCCCUGGAGUUGCACCAAUCAACUUCCACCAGAAUGACCCUGUAGAAAUCAAGGCUGUGAAGCUGACCAGUUCUCGAACUCAGCUGCCCUAUGAAUAUUACUCACUGCCCUUCUGCCAGCCCAAGAAGAUAACAUAUAAGGCAGAGAAUCUUGGAGAGGUGCUCAGAGGGGAUCGGAUUGUGAACACCCCUUUCCAGGUAUUAAUGAACAGCGAGAAGAAAUGUGAAGUUCUGUGUUACCAGCCCCGAAAGCCUGUGGUGCUGACAGUUGAGCAGAGCAAACUUGUGGCUGAACGCAUCAGUGAGGAUUAUUAUGUCCACCUCAUUGCAGAUAACUUACCUGUGGCCACUCGGCUGGAGCUGUACUCAAACCGGGAUGAUGAAGGCAAGAAGAAAGAGAAGGAAGUGCAGUUUGAACAUGGCUACAGGCUAGGCUUCGCGGAUGCCUCGAAGAUCUAUCUACAUAAUCAUCUUUCCUUCAUCCUUUACUAUCACAGAGAGGAUGUAGAAGAAGAUCAGGAGCACAAUUAUCGCGUCGUCCGCUUUGAGGUGAUUCCCCAGAGCAUCAGACUGGAGGACCUCAAGGUGGAUGAGAAGAACUCGUGUACCCUGCCUGAUGGCAGCUCUGCCCCACAAGAAAUCGAUCCUACCAAGGAGAACCAGCUACUGUUCACCUACUCUGUGCACUGGGAGGAGAGUGAUAUCAAAUGGGCCUCCCGCUGGGAUACCUAUCUGACCAUGAGUGACGUGCAGAUCCACUGGUUUUCCAUCAUUAACUCUGUUGUGGUGGUCUUCUUCCUGUCAGGUAUCCUCAGUAUGAUCAUCAUCCGGACUCUCCGAAAGGACAUUGCCAACUAUAACAAGGAGGACGACAUUGAAGACACCAUGGAGGAAUCUGGCUGGAAAUUGGUACAUGGUGAUGUCUUCAGGCCCCCCCAAUAUCCCAUGAUUCUCAGCUCCCUGCUAGGCUCUGGAAUUCAACUCUUCUGUAUGAUACUGAUUGUCAUCUUUGUUGCCAUGCUGGGAAUGCUGUCUCCUUCCAGCCGGGGUGCUCUAAUGACCACAGCUUGUUUCCUUUUCAUGUUCAUGGGGGUUUUUGGUGGAUUUUCAGCUGGCCGUCUAUAUCGGACCCUGAAGGGUCAUCGGUGGAAGAAAGGAGCCUUCUGUACGGCGAUGCUGUAUCCUGGGGUGGUCUUUGGCAUCUGCUUUGUGCUGAACUGUUUCAUCUGGGGGAAGCAUUCAUCAGGAGCGGUGCCAUUCCCUACAAUGGUGGCCUUGCUGUGUAUGUGGUUUGGGAUCUCUCUGCCACUGGUAUACCUGGGCUAUUACUUUGGAUUCCGCAAGCAGCCUUACGAUAACCCUGUGCGCACCAACCAGAUCCCCCGGCAGAUCCCUGAGCAGCGGUGGUACAUGAACAGAUUCGUGGGUAUCCUAAUGGCUGGGAUCCUGCCCUUUGGAGCCAUGUUCAUUGAACUCUUCUUCAUCUUCAGUGCAAUCUGGGAGAAUCAGUUCUACUAUCUCUUUGGCUUUCUGUUCCUCGUAUUUAUCAUCUUGGUUGUGUCUUGCUCCCAGAUCAGCAUUGUCAUGGUAUACUUCCAGCUCUGUGCUGAGGAUUAUCGCUGGUGGUGGAGGAAUUUCCUGGUGUCUGGAGGCUCUGCUUUCUAUGUCCUGAUUUAUGCCAUUUUUUACUUCGUUAAUAAGCUGGACAUCGUCGAGUUCAUUCCCUCUCUGUUAUACUUUGGCUACACGGCCCUCAUGGUCCUGUCCUUCUGGCUGCUCACUGGCACUAUCGGCUUCUAUGCAGCCUACAUGUUUGUCCGCAAAAUCUAUGCAGCAGUGAAGAUAGACUGAACAUGAAACUCGCUUGGCACAAAGAGACAGACCUGUGUGUUUCCUGCCAGGAAGGAAAGGGGAUUCCUUUCCCUGGUCUCCGAAGGAAACCAACCAAUGGGGAUUGAUGAGUGAAAUAAAAUAACUCCUGCUCGUUUGGAAUGUCA